UUUGAAUACCAAACGAUGGGCACUGGAAAAUUAUGUGGUUUAUGUCUGCAUUAUGUUGAGCGCAAUGUGUGCAUUUGUCAUCAGCUACGAUCUUCAUUCUGUACAGAUGUGCAGGGACGAGGCAAUGGCCAAACCGUAGGCGGUUAAUGGUCGUUAUGAACUUUCGGCCUGUGUAUUUAAAGCGGUUGUACCACGGAAUCGUUGGCAAUGUACCCGAAAUAAGAGUAUUAGCCGAGAUGUUGGCUGUUCCAUUUAACUGGGAGACUUCUGCAGGAUAUAAAAUAUUACUCAGGACAAUAUCAUUGUUAUAAGACAACUCCUUCAAACAGAAUCUUUCAGCUAACUGCAAACGCCGCAAGGACAAUGGAGGACGCACUUCAUAUACAGAAGGCUUCACAUUUAGAGCGACCACAGUUGGGUAGUGGUAACUGCCCAUCGGGUCGUCAUGGAUGUGCCAUUCACAAAGAGGAGCUAAUGCGGAACUAACCAGAGCUAAAUCUAUUGCCGAUUGAUUUCUGUUAGGAUACUGGACAGUUGUAGCUAUGUCACCAUCAUUCAGAAUACACAAGUCAAAGUCAUCAAUAAGUGCAUAUAAACUGUUACCUCUAUUAUUAUUUGUCUGACAUCCAAACAGGAUAUGGUGAGCAUUAAAAUCUCCCAUAAUAAGACAUGGCUUAGGAGUUUCAAGUAGCACCUUUUUCAUUUUGCUUGUAGCAGACCUGCUGCUAUUGGGAGGACAAUAUACACAUAGAAUAUGUAACUUACCCAUAGUUGUGUCUACGGAAAUGCAAAUAUUUUGCACAGAUUCGAAAAAAGUUGUAUUUACAAUAGUGUAUUUUAAGUUUUGUUUAAUUAAUAUACCUACUCCGUUAUGUUCAUUUACUGAGUUUUUGUGUAUAAAAUUAUAGGGUGAAAAAUCGGGAAUUGUACUAGUUGUUUUAAGCCAGGUUUCAUUUAAGAGACAGAUAUCUAUAUGUUGUUCCGAAAGAAAUUUUUUAAGUAAGGCCCUUUUGCUCUGUAAGCUCUGUAUGUUAUAUUGUGCUAUAUUCAAAUAUGUAUCCAUUAUGUUAUUAAAUUACUUAAAAGUAUGUCUUUAAUUCUUUUAUUUGUAAUCGGAGCGCUGCUCUUGUCAUUGCCAAGCAUAACUAAUGAUUUGACUAGCGCAUUAAUAAUUAACUCGUUGUUUAGUAUUUGCUCAGCAUUAUAUGAUACUUUAUUUAUGUCAGUAUCAACAGUCUUUACAGGUUUAAGGUUUGGGAAUGCUUUCGGGUCGGGCAUUGCUGGGAUACUCACCACAGUGGCAUACGAUCGGUUUGGUUUUAAAUACUUAUUCUUCUUCUCUUCCAUCUUUUGUUGCUUCACUGGACAGUUCCUAGAGAUGGCCAAGUGACCACCAUGACAGUUGAUGCACACAAUUUCUUCGACGUCGCAUUCUUUGUAGGAGUGUUGUCCAGAGCACGAAGAACACCUUUGAGAACCUCGGCAGACUUUUGCAGAGUGAUUAAACUUCAGGCAUUUGUAGCACUGUAGUAACGGAGGUAUGUAUAUGUGGACCGGGUAUCUGAACAUCUGUAUGUAGGCGUGCUGCGGCAGCGCUGUUGCAGCGAAGGUCACUGCAAUGGUCCCCAGCGGAGUGAGCUUUCCAUCUACCUUUCGCAUAAAUCUCUUGACGGAGAUGACUUCUGCAUCGCAGGUAAUGCUUUUGUAUAUGUCUUCAUUGCUUAAGUCUUUAGGUACGUAUCUUAUGACUCCAGUAAUUUCAGUGAGGUGCGCCGGCACGAACGCUUUCAAUUUGUGUUUUCCUAGAAAGUGUGUCAUGGUAAGGAAGUUAUUGGCCGGUGCUGGUUUUCUGAACGUUAUGCCCACUUUAUAUGCGUUCACUCUGUGGACGCCAGCGAUUCCUUUUACAUUUUCCGUAAAUAACUUUGUAAGUGCUAUUGGAUUUUUGUUACCGAUUUUUUCGUUUUCUUGUGAUUCAACGUAGACUACGCAGUCUACGCUGUGGUUUUCUGGGAAUUGUCGCGUGUAAUUUGUUUUUGUGAAAAUUUUGUAGUCGACGGCAUUUCCUUUGCGAGUAUCAUGCAAUUUCCUUUUCUUUGAUUCUUGCUCGGCGGGGGCCGGGCCCCCGUCGGAAUCUGGACCCAUUGUAUUUACACUAUAUAUAGGUAUGUACUAAUUAACUAUUUACACGGAAAUUUAC